AUGGACGCGGCGGGGGACAUCCAGAAGGUGGCGAGCAUGCGGCGGGGCGACAGCGGCUCCAUGUGGCGGCGCGGGGACGACGUGUUCUCGCGCUCGUCCAGGGAGGAGGACGACGAGGAGGCGCUGCGGUGGGCGGCGCUCGAGAAGCUGCCCACCUACGACCGCGUCCGCCGCGCCAUCGUCCCGCUCGGCGACGGCGCCGAGGCGGGCGCGGGCGGCGGGAAGGGGCUCGUCGACGUCGACGUGCUCAGCCUCGGCCCGCAGCAGCGCCGCGCGCUGCUGGAGCGCCUCGUGCGCGUCGCCGACGAGGACAACGAGCGCUUCCUGCUCAAGCUCAAGGACCGCGUCGACAGGGUCGGGAUCGACAUGCCCACGAUCGAGGUGCGGUUCCAGAACCUCGAGGCGGAGGCCGAGGUGCGCGUCGGCAGCAGCGGCCUCCCCACCGUCCUCAACUCCAUCGUCAACACGGUCGAGGAAGCGGCGAACGCGCUGAAGUUGCUGCCCAGCAGGAAGCAGACCAUGCCCAUCCUUCACAACGUCAGCGGAAUCAUCAAGCCUCGCAGGAUGACCCUUCUGUUAGGCCCACCCGGAUCAGGGAAGACCACUUUGCUGCUCGCGUUGGCUGGAAGGCUUGACAAAGACCUCAAGGUUAGUGGCAAAGUGACCUACAAUGGGCACGAGAUGACAGAGUUUGUUCCAGAGAGGACGGCCGCGUACAUCAGCCAGCAUGACCUCCACAUCGGGGAGAUGACUGUGAGGGAGACUCUUGCAUUCUCAGCACGUUGCCAGGGUGUUGGCUCCCGCUUUGAUAUGCUGACUGAGCUGUCGAGGCGAGAGAAGGCGGCCAAUAUCAAACCUGAUGCUGAUAUUGAUGCAUUCAUGAAGGCGGCUGCAAUGGGUGGGCAAGAGGCCAAUGUGGUCACUGACUAUAUCCUGAAGAUAUUAGGACUAGAGAUAUGUGCGGACACGAUGGUAGGGGAUGAAAUGCUCAGGGGCAUAUCUGGUGGACAACGAAAGCGUGUUACAACCGGUGAGAUGCUGGUUGGUCCAGCCAAGGCGCUUUUUAUGGACGAGAUCUCGACUGGGCUUGAUAGCUCCACUACCUUCCAGAUUGUGAACUCACUCAGGCAGUCCAUCCACAUCCUCGGUGGCACAGCUGUCAUCUCCUUGCUUCAACCAGCGCCUGAGACAUAUAACCUGUUCGAUGACAUUAUUCUCCUCUCAGACGGCCAGGUUGUGUACCAGGGCCCCCGAGAAGAAGUUCUUGAGUUUUUUGACUCCAUGGGUUUCAGAUGCCCUGAGAGGAAGGGUGUUGCUGACUUCUUGCAAGAAGUGACUUCAAAAAAAGAUCAGAAACAGUACUGGGCACGGCGUGAUGAGCCCUACAGGUUUGUGACGGUGAAGGAAUUCGCAACUGCAUUCAAGUCAUUCCACACAGGGAGAGCUAUAGAAAAUGAGCUUGCUGUCCCAUUCGACAAGAGCAAAAGCCACCCAGCCGCACUAACCACCACAAGAUAUGGCGUGAGUGGCAAGGAGCUGCUGAAGGCAAACAUAGACCGUGAGAUCCUUCUCAUGAAGAGGAACUCUUUCGUCUACAUUUUCAGAACCUUCCAGCUGAUGCUGAUGUCAAUCAUUGCAAUGACUCUCUUCUUCCGUACCAAGAUGAAGCAUGACACAGUGACCGAUGGGGGCCUCUACAUGGGCGCACUCUUCUUUGGCGUGCUUAUGAUCAUGUUCAAUGGCUUCUCUGAGCUGGCACUCACUGUCUUCAAGCUGCCUGUAUUCUUCAAGCAGAGGGAUCUCCUUUUCUUUCCAGCAUGGUCCUACACUAUACCCUCAUGGAUCCUCAAGAUACCCAUCACAUUUAUUGAGGUUGGAGGUUAUGUAUUCUUGACAUACUAUGUCAUUGGCUUCGACCCAAAUGUCGGCAGGUUCUUCAAGCAGUAUCUGCUUCUGUUAGCAGUCAAUCAGAUGGCAGCGGCACUCUUUCGCUUUAUUGGUGGGGCAGCGAGGAACAUGAUUGUUGCUAAUGUCUUUGCAUCAUUCAUGUUGCUGGUUGUCAUGGUGUUGGGAGGUUUUAUUCUAGUAAGAGAGAAAAUAAAGAAAUGGUGGAUCUGGGGUUACUGGAUCUCCCCAAUGAUGUAUGCGCAGAAUGCCAUUUCAGUAAAUGAGAUGUUGGGGCACAGCUGGGACAAAAUAUUGAAUAGCACUGCCUCCAAUGAGACCCUAGGUGUCGAAACCCUUAAAUCCCGUGGAGUAUUCACAGAAGCAAAGUGGUACUGGAUUGGCUUUGGUGCAAUGAUUGGGUUCACCAUACUCUUCAAUGCUCUCUUCACUCUUACCCUUACAUACCUCAAGCCAUAUGGCAACUCUCGGCCAUCAGUGUCUGAAGAGGAGCUGAAGGAGAAGCAUGCCAACAUGAAAGGCGAGGUUCUGGAUGGCAAUCACCUGGCAUCAGCAAGCAGCCAUCGAUCAACAGGAAUCAACACUGAAACUGAUUCAGCAAUCGUGGAAGAUGAUUCUGCCCUGACUAAACGGGGAAUGAUCCUCCCAUUUGUCCCGCUUUCACUCACCUUUGAUAACGUCAGAUACUCUGUUGACAUGCCACAGGAAAUGAAAGCACAAGGUGUACAAGAAGAUCGUCUGGAGCUCCUCAAAGGUGUCAGUGGGUCUUUUAGGCCUGGUGUGCUGACCGCACUAAUGGGCGUCAGUGGCGCAGGAAAAACUACUUUGAUGGAUGUGUUGGCCGGAAGAAAGACAGGUGGAUACAUUGAAGGAGACAUCAGCAUUUCAGGAUACCCGAAGAAACAGGAGACCUUUGCACGCGUAUCAGGAUACUGUGAACAAAAUGAUAUCCACUCGCCGCAGGUGACAGUCUAUGAGUCACUGCUUUUCUCAGCGUGGCUCCGGCUUCCCAAGGAUGUUGAUUCAAACAAAAGAAAGAUCUUCAUUGAAGAGGUGAUGGAGCUUGUGGAGCUCAAACCACUCAGGGAUGCAUUGGUUGGACUUCCUGGAGUGAAUGGUCUAUCAACUGAGCAGAGGAAAAGGCUUACCAUUGCUGUGGAACUUGUUGCAAAUCCAUCAAUCAUCUUCAUGGAUGAGCCAACCUCGGGUCUUGAUGCCCGGGCAGCUGCAAUUGUGAUGCGGACGGUGAGGAACACUGUCGAUACUGGUAGAACUGUGGUCUGCACGAUACAUCAGCCUAGCAUUGACAUAUUUGAAGCAUUCGAUGAGCUUUUCCUGAUGAAGCGGGGUGGAGAAGAGAUCUAUGCUGGUCCACUUGGCCAUCAUUCUUCAGAGCUUAUCAAGUAUUUCGAGGGGAUUCAAGGGGUCAGCAAAAUUAAAGAUGGCUACAAUCCGGCAACAUGGAUGCUGGAAGUGACUACAGUCUCUCAGGAACAGAUUCUAGGUGUUGAUUUCAGUGAGCUAUACAAGAAAUCUGAACUCUACCAGAGGAACAAGGCCUUGAUAAAGGAAUUAAGCCAACCAGCGCCAGGUUCAAGUGACUUGCAUUUCCCUAGCAAGUACGCGCAGUCUUCCAUCACACAAUGCAUGGCUUGCCUGUGGAAGCAGAACCUGUCAUACUGGAGGAACCCUCCUUACAAUACCGUUAGGUUCUUUUUCACUACCAUCAUUGCUCUCCUCCUCGGCACCAUCUUCUGGGACCUUGGUGGCAAAGUGACAACGUCACAAGACUUGUUAAACGCCAUGGGAUCAAUGUACUCUGCGGUGCUGUUCAUCGGUGUCAUGAACUGUACCUCAGUUCAGCCAGUGGUGGCUGUGGAGCGGACUGUGUUUUACCGUGAAAGAGCUGCGGGCAUGUAUUCAGCUUUCCCAUAUGCAUUUGGCCAGGUUGUCAUCGAGCUCCCAUAUGCACUGGCUCAGGAUAUCCUAUAUGGUGUCAUAGUGUACUCGAUGAUCGGCUUUGAGUGGACAGCUGCUAAGUUCUUCUGGUACCUCUUCUUUGGGUAUUUCACGCUGCUCUACUUCACAUUCUACGGCAUGAUGGCUGUUGGCCUGACACCAAACUACCACAUCGCCUCGAUCGUGUCGUCAGCGUUCUACGCCAUCUGGAACCUCUUCUCCGGGUUCAUCAUCCCGCGACCGAAAGUGCCCAUUUGGUGGAGGUGGUACUGCUGGAUUUGCCCUGUGGCAUGGACGCUGUACGGGCUGGUGGUGUCGCAGUUCGGCGACAUGAUGACGCCUAUGGAUGAUGGCAGGACCGUGAAGGUGUUCGUCGAGGACUACUUUGACUUCAAGCACAGCUGGCUGGGAUGGGUGGCCGCUGUGGUUGUGGGGUUCGCGGUUCUCUUUGCUGCCCUGUUCGGCUUUGCCAUCAUGAAGCUCAACUUCCAGAAGAGAUGAUGACGAUAUAGGAGCUAGCAAUCAUGACCUGAACAAGGGAUUUUGCAUUGUUUCUGUCGCAAGUACAUUUGGCUGUGCAUAUUAACGGAGUACACCAUGUCUAUAGAUUCAUUAGUUACUUGAUUAUUAGUUAAGCUAUAGAAACCUUUAUCUUCCUUUUUAGGAGGAUGAUGGCGUAGUAUUUUGUAAAGAGUAUUUCACUUCUGGUAAAUUUUGUAAGCCGGGUAGCCCAUAGCGAUUGCACUAUCAGUUGGAGAAGGAAAGGAAACCACCGCAUUCCUGACUA